GGCCAUCAUGCUCUACAUGUGACCUGAUCCACCCGCACCUCCAGCUGGAAGGCGUCUGGUCUGUCCUGAGGGUUGACUGCCAGCAUGUCCUGAAGCAGUUUCUUCACACCCUCAGACAUUGAGCUCCUGGCCUUCUGAGAUGAUCUGACCCCUGACCUCUGAUCCCUGAUCCACCCUAUUGGUCAGUUAAGCCAGUCGUUGGGCUAAUCUAAAGCCAUUCCCAGGGAGCAGUGAUCGCUUUUCUCAGUAGCGGACCUAGGUGGCCUUCAUACCUGGAUCCUCUGACAACAAGCCUGAUCCUCUUCCCAAGAAGCGGCAGUGAUGCGCUGCGGUGACACGGUGGGAGCCGACGACAUAAAAAGGAACCGCGACGCGUCGCGCAGGAGAGCGCAACAGUUCGGAUCCGACGCGGCGAAGUUCCGUUUGGUAGUGGAUGCGACUCUGCGAGUCCAACGCGGCUGGAAGUAUUCAUCCAAGUCCCGAGUGUCCAGGUGAAGAAUGGAGUGGUAUGUCCUGGUGCUGAUCCUGACUUUGCCUCACUCCAUCCACUCCGACUGCUCCUCACAGUGUCAGAAAUGUGCGCAGCUGCAGCUCCUCAGCCCGGACACCUUCAACAGUCUGUCCUGCAGCACAGAGUGUGAUGUCCAGCAGCUUCAGAACUGCGUCCAGUCUCCUCGGACCCGACUGGCAGACUUCAGCCAGGAUGAAUCUGCAGGUGAGGCGGAGGAGGAGGAGGGUGAGCAAGGUGGGGAGGAGCAGGCGGAGCUGGUGAAACGUUACGGAGGCUUCAUCAAAAGGAUCGACAAAAACAAGAACAAGAUCUUUGCUGCGUUGCAGCCGUGGCGAGACAACUACGUGGUGAAAGUCGGGGGUUUGAUGCCCAAGAAGUACGAGGACUUGAUGAAGGUUCUGGAGGAGCGGGAGGUGGACGCUCUGCCACCGCCGCAGCCACAGGAGGAUCCACAGGUGCUGCGCCCUUAUAGCAAACGAUACGGCGGCUUUUUACGCAAAUUUGGCCCCAAGACUCGGCGGAGUAGCUCCGCCGAGGAACAAGACAGCCAAGAACCCGAAGAGCUGCAGAAGCGCUACGGAGGCUUCAUGAGGAGGAUCCGACCAAAGCUGAACAACCUGAAGUGGGACAAGAGGUACGGAGGCUUCCUGAGGCGCCACUUCAAGAUCUCCGUACGCUCGGUGGAGGAGCCGCUGUACUCCUACUAUGACGACCUGAGUCUAUAAGAGGGACUAAAUGAGGAGGAGGAAGGAGUUCACACAGGUUUCACUUGACAAAAGCACGGUCCAAUCCACAGAUACGUCUUCAGCAUCUCUUCUUCAUCACCCUCAUAUGCCUGCAUAUAAUCCUGCUUGUAGCCUCACAGUUGCCUUCUGUGUAACAUCUCUGUGUUAUUGGCGUUUGAGUCUCUUCCAUUAAAGGAUGCUUGUUUA